AUGUCGAUGUCUGGGAGCAUGACGCAAGAGCGGCGGAACGAGGUGAUGGAUUCGUUUCGGAAGGGGCAUUCGCGAGUGCUGAUCGCGACAGACAUCUGGUCGAGGGGGAUCGAUGUGCAACAGGUGAGCCUGGUGAUCAACUACGACGUGCUGAACGAGCAGGAGUCGUACUUACAUCGCAUUGGCAGGAGCGGGAAGUUUGGACGUAAGGGAGUGGCGAUCACGUUUGUGACGUCGGGGGACAUGGGAGCGCUGCGUUCCAUCGAAAGGAUCUACGCGAUGCAAAAUUUGGAACUGCCGAGCAAUGUCGGAGACUAUCUAUAA